UGUAUACACACCAUAAAGAAAAGAAACCACACAUAAAGAAUGUCUAUGUUGCACACGUCACUUAUCGACCACCCCUUUCCUCACCGGAUAUCUUACUCCCCGUCGGUAUCCAUUCCCGUCACAUCUUCUCGCCGGAAUCUCACCGUCCGUUCAUCAAAUGUCGACCAACCACAGCCGUCUAUUUCACACAAUCUCAUCCCAACACUUGCUACUUCUGCUGCCUUACUAUUUCUAACUUUGGGCGGUGUUCGGAGCUCCGCCUGUUUUGCUGCAACCGCCAGCCGUCUUCCUCCGCCUGUAUCCGUCGUCGGUGACCACAUAUUGGUUGAUAAUUCUUCACUUCAAGCCGGUGAAGAUAUUGGAGAAUAUGAUAGUGAAGAAUUGAAAGCUGCAUUCGAGAGUUUCAAAUCAAAAACUUAUGCUCUUACUGUUCCAUUGAGAAUUGUUGCUCUCCGCAACUCUGUCCCUCCUUUAUGGAUUAAGAAUUUCAUACAAUCUCAAGGAAAGAGAGUGAAGUUCCAUCUUGAAUUUCGUGGAACCAUUGGGGAUAUCUUUUCUGAACUGUCGAAAAAUAUUGGUAAAGGAAGUAUAUCUUCUAAAUCUGCUGGGGCUGCUGAUAUUGUAUCUCUCGGUGAUUCUUGGGUUAAUUUUGCAAUUAGUGAGAAACUAAUAGAACCAAUACAAGGGGUUGAUGGUCAAGAUUGGUUCCACACGCUAAGUGACAAGUGGAAGGUGUAUUUGCGCAGGAAUAAGGAAGGAAACCCAGAUGCCCAAGGUGAGAUAUACGCUGUUCCUUAUCGAUGGGGAAGCAUGGUAAUAGCUUACAGGAAAAGCAAAUUUCGACAACAUAAUUUGGCUCCUAUUGAGGACUGGGCAGACCUGUGGCGACCAGAUCUUGCUGGGAAGAUUGCAAUGGUGGAUUCUCCGAGGGAGGUCAUUGGUGCAGUUCUGAAAUACUUGGGAGCAUCAUACAAUACAGGCAACAUCGAUUCUGAAGUUGCUGGUGGAAGGAAUGCUGUCAAGGAUGAACUUGCUUCAUUUAGAAAGCAGGUUCGUCUUUUUGACAGUGCAAACUAUCUUAAAGCAUUUAGCGUUGGUGACCUUUGGGUGGCUGUUGGGUGGAGCAGUGAUAUUGUUCCUGCUGCCAAACGCUUGACAGAUGUUGCUGUUAUUGUUCCAAAGUCGGGAGCUAGUUUAUGGGCUGAUUUAUGGGCAAUACCAGCUGCUUCAGGCACCGCUGAUGACGAACUUGGUGGACGAGUUAGAGGACCAUCUCCACUUGUACACCAAUGGUUACAUUUCUGUUUGCAAACUCAAAGAGCAUUACCUUUUGAAGAGGAGAUUGUUGCCGGUGCAUCACCAUCCGCUCUCGACAACUCCCCUGUCCCAAAGCCUAAUUAUCUGAGCAAAAAUAAACCGAAGCUGGAUACAAACCUUGUUUCUGGAGUACCCCCGCCUGAUAUAUUACCAAAGUGUGAGUUUUUGGAGCCUUUAUCGGAUGCUGCAUCCAUAGACUAUCAGUGGUUAAUAGCUAGUAUGCACGCCCCUGCUCAUGGAUUCAUUCAUAAAUUUCAGAAUUGCAUGUCCUGGGCAUCAAAAGUCCUACAGACCAAGUUAUUGUAGCUCUAUCUAUCAUUGUAAUUUUUCACAUGAUGUCCAUAAUUUUUGGCAUUAGUUAUACCUCCAAAUUGGCUUGAAAGCCCGAGUUGUGAAGGCAUUAAAAUAUCACUCGUCUCUGUAUGAACUUUGCUCAUGGGCUUGUGGUCCUUGCAAGGGAGUUGUGCACGUAAUUUUCUACCAGGUCGUGCUUGCUCUACAGAAUUUUACUUGAGAUCUUGCGAAAAAAUUGUAUGUCGGGGGCCAUUUAUGUCUCUUGGCUUUGUUUUAAAGUUUGCUUUUCUAUA